CGGGCGGGCGCAGUCGGGAGCCGGCGGUGGACGCGCCGGGCCCUCGCGGUCGGUCCGAGCGUCCGAGCGUCCGAGCGUCCCGCGCGCCGUGGGCCAUGGCCGCGCGCCCCGCGCGCCCCGCGCGCCCCUGCCUGCUGGCGCUCGUGCUGUGCUCGUGCUGGGCGGCGCCGGCCGCGGUCGCCCCCAAGCCGGGCAACGGGUGUCCGAGCCGCUGCCUGUGCUUCCGCACCACGGUGCGCUGCAUGCAUCUGCUGCUGGAGGCCGUGCCCGCCGUGGCGCCGCAGACCUCCAUCCUGGAUCUUCGCUUUAACAGAAUCAGAGAGAUCCAGCCGGGGGCCUUCCGGGGGCUGAGAAACUUGAACACAUUGCUUCUCAACAAUAAUCAGAUCAAGAGUAUACCUGGUGGGUCAUUUGAAGACUUGGAGAAUCUAAAAUACCUCUAUCUCUACAAGAAUGAGAUCCAGGCAAUUGACAGGCAAGCGUUUAAGGGACUUGCCUCCCUAGAGCAACUAUACCUGCACUUUAACCAGAUAGAAACUUUGGACCCAGAGUCGUUUCAACAUUUGCCGAAGCUGGAGAGGCUGUUUUUACAUAACAAUCGAAUUACACACUUGGUUCCUGGAACGUUUAAUCACUUGGAGUCUAUGAAAAGAUUGCGCCUGGACUCCAACGCGCUUCACUGCGACUGCGAGAGCCUGUGGCUGGCGGAGCUGCUGCAGAGCUACGCGCGGUCGGGGAACGCGCAGGCCGCGGCCACCUGCGAGUACCCCCGGCGCGUCCAGGGCCGCUCGGUGGCCGCCAUCACCCCGGAAGAGCUGGACUGUGAAAGGCCACGGAUCACGUCGGAGCCGCAGGACGCAGACGUCACACUGGGCAACACCGUCUUCUUCACCUGCAGGGCCGAGGGCAACCCCAAGCCCCAGAUCAUCUGGCUGCGAAACAAUAACGAGCUGAGCAUGAAGACAGAUUCCCGCUUGAACUUGUUGGAUGACGGGACCCUGAUGAUCCAGAACACGCGGGAGACGGACCAGGGCAUCUACCAGUGCAUGGCCAAGAACGUGGCCGGGGAGGUGAAAACGCAGGAGGUGACCCUCCGCUACUUCGAGUCUCCAGCGCGCCCCGCUUUUGUAAUCCAGCCGCAGAACACGGAGGUGCUGGUGGGGGAGAGCGUGACCCUGGAGUGCAGCGCCACGGGUCAUCCCCCGCCGCGGAUCUCCUGGACCAGAGGCGACCGCAGCCCCGUGCCUGCCGGCCCCCGGGUGAGCAUCACGCCGUCCGGCGGCCUCUUCAUCCAGAACGUGGGGCAGGAGGACAGCGGCGAGUACACCUGCUUCGCCUCCAACACCGUGGACAGCGUCCACGCCACGGCGCUCAUCAUCGUGCAAGCUCUCCCUCAGUUCACCGUGACGCCCCAGGACAGAGCUGUCAUCGAGGGUCAGACAGUUGAGUUCCACUGCGAGGCGAAGGGCUACCCACAGCCGGUCAUCGCCUGGACGAAAGGAGGGAGCCAGCUGUCGGUGGACAGACGGCACCUGGUCCUGUCCUCGGGGACCCUCCGGAUCUUGGGCGUCGCCCUGCACGACCAGGGCCAGUACGAGUGCCAGGCCGUCAACAUCAUUGGCUCCCAGAGGGUCACCGCACACCUGAUGGUCCAGCCCCGAGUCACCCCGGUGUUCAGCAGCGUGCCCGGCGACAUGACGGUGGAGGUGGGCAGCUCCGUGCAGCUGCCGUGCAGCUCCCAGGGCGAGCCCGCGCCCGCCAUCACCUGGAACAAGGAUAGGGUUCAGGUGACAGAAAGUGGGAAAUUUCACAUUAGCCCCGAGGGAUUCUUGACCAUCCACGACGUGGGGACCGCGGACGCCGGCCGCUACGAGUGCGUGGCCCGGAACACCAUCGGGCAGGCGUCGGUUAGCGUGGUGCUCAGCGUGAACGUUCCCGACGUCAGCCGGAACGGGGACCCGUUUGUGGCCACGUCCAUUGUUGAAGCGAUCGCCACGGUGGACAGAGCCAUAAACUCCACGCGGACGCACCUGUUUGACAGCCGACCUCGCUCCCCGAACGACCUGCUGGCCUUGUUCCGGUACCCGCGGGACCCGUACACGGUGGAGCAGGCCCGGGCCGGGGAGAUAUUCGAGCGCACGCUGCAGCUGAUCCAGGAGCACGUGCAGCACGGCCUGAUGGUGGACCUGAACGGGACCAGUUACCACUACAACGACCUCGUGUCCCCGCAGUACCUGAGCCUGAUCGCCAACCUGUCGGGCUGCACGGCCCACAGGCGCGUCAACAACUGCUCGGACAUGUGCUUCCACCAGAAGUACCGGACGCACGACGGCACCUGCAACAACCUGCAGCACCCCAUGUGGGGCGCCUCGCUGACCGCCUUCGAGCGCCUGCUGAAGGCCGUGUACGAGAACGGCUUCAACACGCCCCGCGGCAUCGACCCGGGCCGGCGCUACCACGGGCACCCGCUGCCCAUGCCGCGCCUGGUGUCCACGGCGCUCAUCGGCACGGAGGCCGUCACCCCGGACGGGCAGUACACGCACAUGCUCAUGCAGUGGGGCCAGUUCCUGGACCACGACCUGGACUCCACGGUGGUGGCCCUGAGCCAGGCCCGCUUCUCCGACGGGCAGCACUGCAGCGCGGUGUGCAGCAGCGACCCGCCCUGCUUCCCGGUGGCCAUCCCCCCCGAGGACCCGCGGGCGCGCAGCGGGGCGCGCUGCAUGUUCUUCGUGCGCUCCAGCCCCGUGUGCGGCAGCGGCAUGACGUCCCUGCUCAUGAACGCCGUGCUGCCCCGCGAGCAGAUCAACCAGCUCACCUCCUACAUCGACGCCUCCAACGUCUACGGCAGCUCCGAGCGCGAGGCCCUCGCCGUGCGCGACCUGGCCAGCCAGCGGGGGCUGCUCCGCCAGGGCAUCGUGCAGCGCUCGGGCAAGCCCCUGCUGCCCUUCGCGGCCGGGCCGCCCACCGAGUGCAUGCGCGACGAGAACGAGAGCCCCGUCCCCUGCUUCCUGGCCGGCGACCACCGCGCCAACGAGCAGCUGGGCCUGACCAGCAUGCACACGCUGUGGUUCCGCGAGCACAACCGCGUGGCGGCCGAGCUGCUGGCGCUGAACCCGCACUGGGACGGCGACACCAUCUACCACGAGGCCCGCAAGCUGGUGGGGGCGCAGGUGCAGCACAUCACCUACCGGCACUGGCUGCCCAAGGUGCUGGGCGAGGCGGGCCUGAGGAUGCUGGGCGAGUACCGCGGCUACGACCCGGGCGUGAACGCCGGCAUCCUCAACGCCUUCGCCACGGCCGCCUUCCGCUUCGGCCACACGCUGGUCAACCCGGUGCUGCAGCGGCUGGACGAGGCCUUCCAGCCCACGGCGCACGGCCCCGUGCCGCUGCACAAGGCCUUCUUCGCGCCGUUCCGCAUCGUGAACGAGGGCGGCAUAGACCCGCUGCUCCGCGGCCUGUUCGGCGUGCCGGGCAAGAUGCGCGUGCCGUCCCAGCUGCUCAACACAGAGCUCACGGAGCGGCUCUUCUCCAUGGCGCACGCGGUGGCGCUGGACCUGGCCGCCAUCAACAUCCAGCGUGGCCGUGACCACGGCAUCCCGCCCUACCACGACUACCGCGUCUACUGCAACCUGUCCGCCGCCCACACCUUCGAGGACCUGAGGAACGAGAUCAAGAGCCCUGAGAUCCGGGAGACGCUGCGACGGCUCUACGGCUCUCCUCUCAACAUUGACCUGUUUCCCGCCCUCAUGGUGGAGGACCUGGUCCCUGGCAGCCGCCUGGGGCCCACCUUGAUGUGUCUGCUGAGCACACAGUUCAAGCGCCUACGGGACGGGGACAGGUUGUGGUAUGAAAACCCGGGGGUCUUCACCCCCGCCCAGCUCACGCAGAUCAAGCAGACGUCGCUGGCCCGGAUCGUGUGCGACAAUUCCGACAACAUCACACGUGUGCAGAGGGACGUGUUCCGAGUGGCCGAGUUCCCCCACGGGUACAGCAGCUGUGACGAGAUCCCCCGGGUGGACCUCCGCGUGUGGCAGGAUUGCUGUGAAGACUGCAGAACCCGGGGGCAGUUCAACACAUUUUCCUACCACUUACGAGGCAGGCGGUCCCUCGAGUUCAGCCACCAGGAGGACACGCCGGCCACGGAGGUGGCGCCUGGGAAGAUGCCAGGAGCCAGGAAGCCCGGGACGCGUCUUAGGAACGCCACGGCCGCCACCUUGGAGCCUCCGCAAGUAGCAGGGACCAGCGCCUUCCGGGAGUUUGUCCUGGAGAUGCAGAAGACCAUCACGGACCUCAGGACGCAGAUAAAGAAACUGGAGUCUCGGCUCAGCUCCGCGUGCGUGGACGCGGAGGGCGGCUCUCACGACGAUGGUGCCAAGUGGAAGCGGGACCCCUGCACCGUCUGUGAAUGCCACGACGGGCAGGUCACCUGCUUCGUGGAGACGUGCCAGCCGGCCAAGUGUCCAGUGCCCGUGAAGGUUGGCGGGACCUGCUGUCCAGUCUGCCCGGCAGACUCCACGGGGAAGAAGCCCUGAGUGCCUGGAAGCCCAGAGCUUCUCCCUCGGCCUCCGAGAGCGAGACCGGAACGGGCGGCGCAGGGGACGGGGACAGCGAGGCUCGGACGUCUCGGGGCCGCGGACGGAGCCGUGUUGGAACCGCCCAGGAGGCACAGGCCGGAGUGUCCACCACCCACAGAGCACGGAGCAGACACGUGUCCUGACGUCAUGUUAGAUUUCUCAGGUUUUUAUUUAAUUUUUUUAAAUGAAAAAUUGGUGCUACUAUUAAAUUGCACAGUUAAAUCAUUUAGGCUCCUAAAUUGAUUUCACCUAAUACACCGCUUCUUCCAACGGAAAGUCAGCCCUGCCUGCUCUGGCACCAGGAGCUCGCAGAGGGCCGCUGCCAGAGGGGAUGCGGGAUGUGCAGGAAGAUGGGUCUCCGGCACACGGAACCACCUCCACGGAGCGGAGCGCGCCGGCGGACAGUCUCGGCAGCGUGCACGUCCCCGGCCCCCGCGGCUCCCGGGCGUCGCCUGGACCCAGGGGCGGGUGACCCGCCGCCCGCAGCAGCCGCACAUCCUGCAACUCCCGACGCCCUCAGCCGGGACUGGACGGCUGUUAGGAAAGCCGCGUGCACGACAGGUCCGCGUCCACCUGUGACUCGCGCGCACGCUGCCUGCUGUGGCCCGGACGUGGAAGCCUCCACCACCCCCACGGUACCUACUGCUCCACGAGGCCGGCGUGGUCCACGGCCAGCGUGCUGUCCCGCCAGGGCCCCCAGCAGGGCCCCGGGGCUCCAGACGCGUCUUCCAAAGGGGGAAUUCGAAUGCUGGGAACUAACGGCAGGUUGCGAGUGCGUUGAAGGAAACCAACCAGUCCCUGUACCUCGUUUGUAUUUUCACCAUGUGUGAUGUUUUAUGAAAUUUCGCCUGUGUUUUAGUUCUAGAUACGCCAGAGAAAUCAUUUCCACUCUGCAAAAGUUCUCGUAGGCGUCAGUGAAAAGCAACUUUCAUACCUCAUGGUCUCUGCCUUUUUAAUUGACCGAAAACCUCCUGUUUUGUUCCAAAUACAAAGUGGUCUGUGUUCUGAGAGCUGUGUCCCUGGACAUCCUCCUCAGCUCCACAGACCCGCGUGUCCGCGGCCCCCGCCUGCCCUUCCCGUGGGAGACCCUCGAGGACCCCGGCCGUCUCGGUCUGCAUGGGCGAGUCCAAGGCCGGUGGCCCCGUGCAGAGCCCAUCACGGGGGCGGGGGAGGGGAGGCAGGUCUCCCGUCAGCGUCCCGCAGGGAGUGGGCCGUGUGAAAGCCUGGUUUUAGCCCAGCACAGGCCUCCUUCCCGCAGCAGGAGACCGCAGCGCCUGCCGUGCUCACAUUCCAGCCUGAGGACGUGACGUCGGCUUAAACACGGUCAGCUUGACGUGUGUCCUCACCUCACUAGGUGACCAGUAAAGCCCCCGCGUUUCAGGGGCCCAGGACCUCUUUUCAAACAUCACGUCAAAUUGAAUAAAUAACCACAUCUUGGAACCAAUCUCUGUAAACAGAAAAUGGAUAACUUUGUCUGAAAGUUGAUGGUUAUGUAAGUUGCUCAGGUAUAAAAUCCCACAUUCUGGAGGGUUUUGGUGUCUGAAGGUGCCGGGAAGGCUGAUCCGUGGUCUCGUGCAGCGGCGGCACUCGGGUGGGUUUAGACACGUGGCUUGGACGGCCUUGUCUAACCUGACAGGAGGCCGUCUGCGAGUCACAGGAAAGUUCUGCAGUUGUGGUUGAAACGUCUGCAGAUUCCGCGGGUUAGCGAGGCUGUGGGUGGGGCCUGGACGCGCCUCCCAGCCCCCGUGGGGGAAGCAGCGUGUACAUACUCACCGACUCUUCUAACCGUUUGCCAGCAGCAAGUGCCUUUCUUCUGUUCACUGUAAUCAGUCCAUCACCAAAGAGACGUUUGCACUAUGUAACGAUGCCUUUCCGUUCCAAUAAAUGGGCCACAUUUUCAAA